GACUAAACUAUUUUUGGUGGCCACUUUACUUAUGACCUUCCAAUUCUGAAAGGGGGAUAACCCAGUUCUGUGCAAACUUAGCGAUGUGAUAGGGAUCUGGAAGUUCAGUAUUGACACAAUGACUGUACCGAAGAGCAGUCGUGAUUAUGAAAGAUUUUCAUGAGAUAGACACCAACCAACUGUUUUAGCUGAUUAUUCACAAGACGAAGUCGCUCCUCAAGCUGAAAUUUUGGCCAGGAUUCAAGGGAAUUCUGGAGCAGAGCCAGCUGUGAGAGAGAUCUAUGUCGAGCUUGACGGAAAUGAGGAUGUUGUGAUACAGUACGCAGAUGAAGAUGUGCGAGAAGCCAUCUCAGAAGGAACUUGGACAAUGGUCAUUCAUGAAGGCCUACUUGGAUAUCUCUAUGAUUCUACUAUUGAUCAGGAGAUUACAUUCGAUUCUUUCUGGCGAUACAAUCGUAUUGGGGAAAAUGAAUAUAUCUCUGACUGUACUCAAACCAUGCUCGGAUGGUAUCAUACUAUUAAUCCUGAGAAUGAAGAUGAAGAACAAUGGGGAUGCUUUUGGGGCGAAAAGCUAUCAGGCCCUUAUGAGUCUGAAACUGUGGAAUUCAGAGAUGAUUCUCCUGUUUUAACAGAAGGUUCUUCUUCCAAUGAAGCCAUGGAAUGUAUGGAUAUAAUUGAUGAAAAAGAGAGAAAUGGUCAAUUAACUUGGGCUAGGAAUGAUGAUGUACACUUUUCGGCUCAAGCUAAUUUAGCCAGAGAUAACCCCUUUCUGGAUAAUGAUGGAGAUGAUGAAGGCUUAGGUGAUCAAAUGAAUGAUUCUGAAGAUUCAUGAGAGGGGUAUGAAAACUACCUCAAUCCUUGAACUUUGGCUUCUUAUGAGUAUCUAGGAGCAGAUCCUGAUACCAUCCCAACUGAAGAUCUUCCAGAAGCUAUUAACUGGAAUAAUGUAGCUGGGAGAAGUUUCUUCCCACCAAUUGUUAAUCAGCCUUGAGGUGAUUGCUUCCUAGUAGCCUCUCUAGAAGUUAUUGAAUCAAGACUCAUGAUCAUGAGUGAUGGAGAACUUGAUCUCAGGUUGAGCGGCCAACAACAAAAAGACUGCAACUUUUAUGCAGAAGGCUGAGAUGGAGGUCUUCCUAUUCAUGUUGCUAAAUAUGGAAAUGAGUUUCAGCUAGUUGAAGAGAACUGAUACAAUGAGAGAAGAGAAGCUACUGACACUUGAGUCAAUGACAUCGAAAAUUCAGACGAUUGACAAACUUUUAGGAUUGAGGACUUCUACUUAGUUGGUGAUAACUAUGGAGGUGUUAGUGAAGAGCUCCUAAUGAAAGAACUCGUAGCUCAUGGACCGGUCACUACUGUUGUUAAUGCUCCAAGACAUUUUAAUCAGUACAGAGGAUGCAUCUUUGAGCAAGAUUGAGACCAAGAAGCAGGUUCAAUAACUUACAUUGAAGAUGAGGAUGAGAUUAGUAGAAUCAUGCAAAUCUCAACAAAUGAUGAUCAUAGGAUAAACACACAAACUCUCAGAGAAAGAGGAAUAGAGUGGGAGCUUGUAAAUCAUAGUGUUGUCCUUAUUGGAUAUGGAAGAGACACCCAAUGCAUCAAUGAUCUUCAUGAAUUUGCAUCUCAAAGUAGAAUCCAAACGAGGCUUCAAAACCGGAUAAUGGUGCAACAAGAUAAUCCAAGAGAGUGCGCAGAAGAUGGAGCUUAUUGGAUCAUAGCUAACUCCUGGGGUACAAGGUUUGGUGAAAAUGGAUUGUUCAGGAUAAGAAGAGGAUGAAAUGAUUUCGGAAUUGAGACACAAGCUAUGUCUAUCACUGCUGGUAUUGAAAACCUCGAUCUUCUUCAUUGUAAGUUCAGAGAAGGUGAGGAUAGAUGCUAAAUAUAAUUAUAAUAACACCAAAAUUCAUAA